CAAAACAAACCAUGGAACAAGGCAUCUUCUUCUCCACAACGUCCCUCUCUCUUAUCUUCAUCAUAAUCUUAAUUUUCCAGUUCUUUCUUAAAACAAAACGACGACGUUACACAAACCUCCCACCAAACCCUUUUUCUCUCCCCAUCCUAGGCCAUCUCCAUCUCCUAAAAGCCCCGGUCCACCGAACCUUCCACCGCCUCUCCCAAAAACACGGCCCUAUUUUCUCUCUCUGGUUCGGUUCGCAGCGCGUGGUCAUAGUCUCAUCCCCGUCCGCUGUCCAAGAGUGUUUCACAAGAAACGACAUCGUUUUGGCAAACCGUCCUUCACUGCUCCUAUUCAAGCACAUAGGCUACAACAGCACGACCAUCUCAACCUCUCCAUACGGCGACCACUGGCGCAACCUCCGCCGCAUCGGCGCCAUCGAGAUCUUCUCCUCCUUUCGACUCAACACAUUUGCAAACACACGAAAAGACGAAGUCAAACACCUCAUAUGCAAACUUGCACAAAACUCGGUGCAUGAGUUUGCGAAGGUGGAGUUGAAGUCUAUGUUCUCUGAGCUGACCUUUAACAUCAUAAUGACAAUGGUGGCGGGUAAGAGGUACUAUGGGGAUGACGUGUCGGUGGACAAGGAAGAGGCCAAGCAGUUCAGGCAGAUUAUGAAGGAGGUUUUUGCUCAUAGUGGGGCAGUGAACCCAGCAGAUUUCUUGCCCAUUUUGAAUUGGAUUGGGAGCAAUGCUUAUGAGAAGAGGGUGAUGAAGUUGGCUAAGAGGACGGAUUCGUUUUUGCAAGGUCUGAUUGAUGAGCAAAGGAGUAAGGGUAAAAAUGGAACUAUGAUCGACCAUUUGCUUUCUCUGCAGGACUCACAGCCUGACUAUUAUACUGACCAACUCAUCAAGGGCUUUAUACUUGUGCUGUUAUUGGCUGGCACUGAUACAUCAUCAGUCACACUGGAAUGGGCCUUGUCUCAUCUACUUAACAAUCCACAUGUGCUAAGAGAGGCUAGAGCUGAAUUGGAUGCUCAACUUGACCAAGAACACUUAGUUGAUGAACAAAAUAUCUCUAAACUACCCUACCUUCAAAGCAUUAUAUCAGAGACGCUGCGGUUGUGCCCAGCCGCCCCGAUGCUAGUACCACAUUUUGCAUAUGACGACUGCACUAUUGAGGGAUUCGACGUUCCACGUGGCACAAUGUUAUUGGUGAAUGCAUGGGCCAUACAUAGAGAUCCACAGUUGUGGGAUGAUCCUGAAAUGUUCAAGCCUGAGAGGUUCAAAAGUGGUGAGGAUCUGUCACACAAACUCAUGCCAUUUGGAUUGGGAAGGAGGGCUUGCCCUGGAGCAGGCCUGGCCCAACGUGUGAUGGGCUUGACCUUGGGGACAUUGAUCCAAUGCUUUGAGUGGAAGAGAGUUGGUGAGGAGGAGAUUGACAUGACUGAAGGUAAAGGACUCACCAUGCCAAAAGCUGUACCUUUGGAGGCUCUGUGUAAAACCCGCUCUAUUGUGAACAAGCUUCUACCUUGAUCCAAUAUGCAUGAAUUAGCUAGUCUUCCAAUAAAUUCAUCUUAACUAGUAUGUGUUGUAUUAUUGCAAGUGUUCAUGUUACCUUUUCUUUUUAAAUGAGUGGUCAUGAGCUUUUGCGUUGCCAAUCAUUUGUAUCUUUGUACGUAAGGUUUGGAAGAGAAAUAAGGCUUUUCUUCCACUAUGUUUUCUUGUGAAGAAGGGAAGAGGACUUUGCCAAACAAGCUCUGAUCAGGUCAUGGCAAAGGAUUUUGGGAAUCUUAGCAAAGUUCUGGUGCCUGCGAUGAGAAUGGAAAAAAUCAUUGAAAUAUGAAGCGAUGUAGCAA